ACAUUCUCUAGACCAAGCUAGCCUUCGACGUCGAUUAGAGCCCAUUACUGACUGCCAAACGACCAGUUCGAUCUCCGUCAUCCAUCUUUCCCGCUCUCUCGUCUUCGUGUCACCACGCCGUCGCUAAUUACCAUUGGCCUAGCCACUUGUGAUAGCAAGUACUCACCCAGGAUGCGCCAUUGCGCUCCUCUCUGUCGACCGUUCCAGCAGCUUCUGUACUCGUUACAAGCUAAACGUCGGCAUGAAUUCUGCCGCGAGUUCGCCGGUGCAGUGGAAGCGAGCGCUAGAUCCGCGAGAGCAGCGCAAUCUGCGGCGGUAAGAGCGGCGGGAAUUGUUCAAAAAAAUCAAAAACAUGCGCCAGCACGAGCUGACCACCCGUCGCAGCAGGAAGAUUUCGAGGUGUUCAGUUUCUCGCCAUCCCAGUAUGGGGGGACUAGCCCUAGAGCCUUCAGUAUCGCGUCGCUCGUGCGGCAGCGGAACGGGGAAGCAGCCCGAUCCGAUCACCCGAGAUUACCGACACCCUGCCGAAGCUCCGACCUGUCUGUUCCCAGCCUCGAUACGAGCAGACUCGCUUCUAGCGCCCUUCUAGACACAGCGAGCUUGGAUGCAGCUUCCGCCUCCCCAGCCCCUCAGAUCCGCUCCGCCUUCGUUCCUUCCCCGCAUCCGACUGCGCCGCACCCCCACUCCCCCUUCCCCUCUCACUCCCACUCCCACUCCCUCUCCCACUCCCACUCCCUCUCCCACUCCCACUCCCUCUCCCACUCCCACUCCCUCUCCCACUCCCACUCCCUCUCCCUCUCCCUCUCCCACUCCCACUCCCUCCUUGCGUCUCACUCUCCUGCACGGCGAAGCAUCAACUCACACCCCCUCCCCCUGUCGCUCUCGCAUUCGCACCCGCGCAACGGAAACGCCCUUUUCCUUGAUGCCCUUGUGCGCUCGUCCGUGCGGUUAAGGGACAGAUCUCAGCAGGAGGAGGCGGCGGCGUGCCGCCCGCCAAUCAGAGCUGAGCUUGCGACGCUCCUGCCGUGCGGCGCGGGAGGAGGGAACAGACUAGAGGGCGGCGAGGAAGGGCCUGCUUUCAGCGGGUUUAUGAGGGGGUUUAGGAAUCCCGCCAUUCCGCCCGCCAUCUCUCCGUCCGCCGUCUCUCCUGCCGACGACUCUCCUUCCGCCAUCGCUGCCAAUCCUCGCGCUCACACACCGCCGCCGGCCUCCUCUCCGCGCGGCGCCGCCGCCGCCGCUGCCGCGGCUGCCGCUGUGGGCCUUCCAUAUGCGGAUCGAUUUUCGAGGCGUGUGGAAACUGCCGACCUCACCUGUGCGCAUCGCGAGCGUUGCGUGCGGAGCAACAGCAACAGCACCCCCGCGCGAUCUCCUCCUUCUCUCCGUGCCAUAGAGCCAGUCAAACCGUCGACCGUCGUACCGUCGACCGACGCGUGCACUCACAGAUGGGAUGGGCGAGCCUUGCACGACGGCGCACUGUGGGGACUCACCCCCACGCGCGUUGCUGCUGCUGCGGCUGCUGCUGGCAAUGCUGCUGCUGCUGCUGCUGCCGCUGCAGCUGCUGCUGUGGCUGCUGCAACUUCUCUUGGCAGUGCUGGUUCUGGUUCUAGAUUCGGGCAUGGCUCCCGCGCGAGCAGCAGCAGCAGCAGCCAGACUGGCGGCGGCGGCGGUGGAGGAGGGUUCCUGGGAUUCUCGUCGCCUUCCAAGAAGUUUCACGAGAAGCGCGUCAUUGGGUACUCACCAGAGCAGCUGUUCGACGUGGUGGCAGGGGUCGAACGAUACUCCGAGUUCCUGCCGUGGUGCGUGGGGUCGCAGGUGCUGCGGCGGGGGCACGAGAGAAUGGAGGCGGAGCUCGAGAUCGGCUUUCAGAUGCUGAGGGAGAAGUACCUCUCGCACGUCACCUACAAGCGCCCGCUCUUCGUGGUGGCGCGAUCCACCGACACCAACCUGUUCCAGCACCUCACCAACCACUGGGAGUUCUCUCCUGGCCGCGUCCCGGGCUCCUGCCUGCUCUCCUUCUCCGUUGACUUCCAGUUCCGCUCCCUGCUCUACACGCAGUUUCUGGACCUUUUUUUUGACGAGGUGGUGAGCAGCCUUGUUAAUUCCUUUGAGCAGAGGUGCGAGGAGAUUUAUGGCCCAAGCAGGGUGGUGAUGACCAACUGAUGCAUGUGUUAGAUGGUGCCACAGCCAGCACCAAACCCUGAAUUAUCAUGGCAUGGCAUAGGGAUGAAAUGAGAGUUUGUUGUACGCCGAGUGGUUGAAGUGGACCGGUGAAAGUGGGAGAUGAAGGGCCUUUGUUUUAGCAUUUGAAGGAUAAUAACGAGUCACUGCAUUG